AAUUAAACGUCAUGACGUACGGCUGCCUGUCCAACAUGGCGGCUCCUGGCUGCGUCUUCCACAGAACCCUGUCCCGGUCCAGACCCGGUCCGAACAAGACGUCCUCGUCCUCUCCUGCGGUCUGCAGGGAGUCCCUGUACGUGGUGGACCUGCUGCGUUACACCAGAGACCAGGGGUCGUCCGUCUACUUCCCCCAGGCUGUCCUCAACGGUGACGACCUGUACGACGUCACGCUGACGGACGGGGACUGCAGGCUCCAGGUGACUCUGGAUCCCGGUCUGAACCGGCUGGUGGAGAGGAACGUCCUGCGGCCCGGAUCGACGCUGCGCAAGGCCACCUUCACCCCCGCCAUGGCAGCUCAGCUCCCAGCAUGCCCCGGGGCCUCCGGAGACACAGACAGCUUCAGACUGGUGAGUGUGGAGGUCAGAGGUGGAGCUCCAGGCGAUGAGGAGGACGACGCAGUCAGGAGGUCUGAUGUGGACUGGGACUCUCUGCCCUGGUUUGGAGCCUCAGAUCCUGCAGGUCCUCUGGUUCCUCUGAGAGCCAGCAGGAGCGUGUUCCUCCCUCUGUGGAACAACGUGGACUACAGCGGCGAGGUGUGGAGGGAAGCCCCGCCCACUGAGGAGGGGGAGGGGGAGGAGGGGGAGGAAGAGGAGGAGGAGGAAGUGCGACGUCCUGCUGUGACCGUGUCCGAGCUGCGUGACUCCUUCCUGUCCGGUCACCGCGGCGUCAUCAGGGGCGCCGUGCAGCACCAGCUGAUCGUACGCAUCAUCAACAAGUCGCACCUGAUGUAUUAUGGGAGAACAGACCGGAACUGUGACUGUCCAUACAAGGUGGUGCUGGAGGUGUGUGACCGGACAGGAAGUGUGUGUGUGGUGUUGUGGAACAGCGUGUGCGUCGGCUGGUACCGCCGUCUGAAGCCCGGUGAUGUCAUCAGCCUGAGACGGUACAGAGUGAAGCAGCAUUACCAGGCUGAGCUGGACGACAUAGAGGUCAGUGUGAACAGCAGAAACCCCGCCGCACAGAUCUCCGUCCUCCCAGAAUCCUCUGUUUCUGCUGAACAUCUUCCACCUGCACCGACGUACACCUUCUACAGCAGUGAGGAGCUGAUGGACCGUCCUCACGGCGCCGUGUGUGAUGUCAUCGGCCUGCUGACGUUCUCAGGACGACCAGAGCGAAUCAGGAGCAAAGAUGGUCGAGGGGCGGAGCUUCUGCAGUACCGCUGGCUGCGAUUGGAGGACGGUACCAGUGAGCAGCCAAUCAUGGUGAAGCUGUUCUGCACGUCUCAGCCUGAAACUCACAGCAAGCUCCACCCACUGUCGGUGGUUGUCUGCACCAGACUGAAGCUGAUCAGAGCUGCAGAUCACAGCUGCUUCUACCUGACAAACACAACCUACACACAGGUGUACUGCACAGGCCUGGGCCACCACUCAGAGAUGAGUUACCGUAAACUGCGCCCGGUGCGACGCUUCCUCCAGUGGCUGAGGAGCCAGGAUGACGGACAGGUGCUGAGCCGGGCUCUGAUUGGAGGGUUCUUCAUGUACCCGCCUCCUCCGGUCUCCCUGGAAACAUACAUGAAGGACCGCAGAGGUGAGCCAGGUUUCCUGCGAGGGGCGGAGCUUCAGAGGGAGGUGGAGCGGCUCUGUUACCGGGAGCGACGCUCCUUCUGUAUCCAGGCGACGGUCACCAUGGUUACAUACAGCCGCAGAGGAGAGGAGGACCAGUGUUUGUUCUGGACGGACCGAGCUGCCUCUCUCUCCCCCUCCUCCCCCUCUUUCUCCCCUGGUGUCUCUAAAUCCUCCUCUCACCCCUCCCCCUCCCCGUCCCUGUCCUCCUCCUCCUCCCCCCCUCGUUCAUUCAGACCUCCUCUCUCCUCCCCGUCCUCGUCCUCGUCUGUGGCCUCUCCGUCCUGGGCCGUGGGUCAGCUGACUCCUCGUCGCCUGGACCUCGGAUCAGGGGGGAGGAGGAGGAGGAGGCGCCUGCUGCAGGCGGAGACUCCGAGGAAGAGACACCCACUGGUCACUGUGCAGCCAGAGCACGGCAACAAGACAGUGAUUCUGUUUGAAGCCUCCAUGGAGUUUCUAGAAAACCCAGACGCCGCCGAUGACGACAGCGACGACCGCGAUGACGACGACGCCUCGUCCUUCGUCACCGCCCCCCUCCUCCCCGCCUUCCCGCCCGUCGCCGUGGAGACGCUGCCGAUGCGUUACGACCACGAGCGCAGAGAGGAGCAGGCGGCCGCCGUGGAGCUGGGAGGGAGGGUGACGGGCGGGAGGUUUGACUUCACCCCGGAGGAUUACUACACCCUGAGACUGAGGGCUCUGUCAGACGGUGUGAUGGUCGACGUCGUCUUCCUCCCCCACUCCUCCCCCCUCUCUCCUCCCCUCCUCCCUCACUCCAACACCUGGACCUCCAUCCUGUCACACGGAGCCUUCUCCUCACACAGACCUCCACCUUCACCAGCUGACCUCAUCAGCAUGGCGGCCCAGCUGACCAAUCAGAGGCUGGUGUGUGUCCUGGAGGCGUGUCACCUGGGCGGAGCCACAACUGAACUGGUCCUGACCCGAGGCUUUCACCUGUCCACCUGACACACACACACACACACACACACACACACAGACACACAGACAGGUGUCUGAUGGGAGCUGUAGUUCAGGUGUAUUUAUUGUUUUUAUUCUUGGUCAUUUCUAAUAUUUAUAAUUGUUUGAUGAUGUUUGAAGGACACAAACAGACGCACUUUAUGACACGUCAGUGUUGGGAGUUGUAGUUUUUAACUCUAUGUUUGGACUACGUUUAAAAGGCCCCAGCACAUGUUUGAUAUAUAACAGCACAGAGAGAGGAUGGGCAGAGCAGCAGACGUACUGUCAGUGUGUGCAGAGCUGCAGUUCCUGCUGUAACAUACAACAUGCACAGUGUGAAGUGUGGCCUGUGAUGUGAAGCUGGAUUCACACAGGUGUGGCUCAGGUUCUGGGUUCAGGUUCAGACAGUGAGGCAGCAGACAGCCUCAGACCUGCAGCCUGUUAAACGUUCAGUUCUUCUGUUUGCUCUGAUGGAGUUUUCACUCUUACAUUUACAGCCUAAUAAAUUCUGCCUUACUGUCA